AAGUGCUGUUCUCUGAAUUAUACUCACAUCCUUUAAAUAGAUUCUUCUGUUUUGUUUUGUUUUUUGUUUUUUUGUACUGUUUUGUUUUGAGAUAGGAUCUUGCUAUGUAGUCCAGGCUCACUUCAAAUUUGCUAUCCUUUUGCCUGUAGAGGCCUAGAAUACAGGCCUGAGCCACCAUGCUUGGAUUUAAAUGGACUCUUUAACCAAGAAUUAAGAAAAGGAUUAAUACCUUGUAGUGGUUCUCACAGUAUCUCUAGUUUUCUUUGAACUUCUUUUUUGCCGGUACUAGGGAUUGAACUCAGGACCUUGCACUUUUGAGUCAGGCACAGUGCCACUGAGCAAAAUCCCUGGCCCUCACUAUCUCUAGUUUUAAGGAACUUAAAAUUUUUUCUUUUCAAUUCAUAGUGAGCCAAUGUUUGUAUAACAUGCAAAAACUAAACAAACUGAAAUAUAAAAUGUGAACAAUAACAAACAAAAGCCCAAAUUUUUGUUCGAUUUAGCAGAUUCAGUUGUUUCAAAUAUAUAAUUCUAACACCAAGAAAUAGAAGAGGAUUGUGAAAACUGAAUAUAUAGCUUAUUGAAAAGAUACAUAUAAAACAAUUAGUAUAUUAAUAAAACAACAAUUUGUUGUGCACUGGUAGCAAACACUAGAAUGCAGACCAUUCUUGGAGUGGCUGCUGCUUUUUUUCAGACUAGGCAGCUAAGUCACUUGUUUAUGUUGCUGUUUAUCUUUUAUUUUAUAUUGUUCUCCUUCCCCUUCCUCUUUUCAUUAUAAUGUAAAGUACAGCUUUUGUUUGUUUGGUUGGUUUUUUGUGACAGAGUCUCCCUAUGUAGCCCAGGCUGACCUUGAACUCACAGUGAUCAUCCUGGCUCAGCCUUUCAAGUGCUGGACUAUAGGCAUGGGCCACCAUGCCUAGCUAAAGUGCAGCUUUUUACUUAACAGUCUGAUCUGAGCAUUUAAGUAGGUUUUUUUUUUUUCCCUUCAGUACUAAGGAUUGAACACAGGGGUCCUUAUUCUUAGCUAGAUCCCCAGCCAUUUAUUUAUUUAUUUAAAUUUUGAAACAGGGUUUCACUAAGUGGUCUAGACUGGGCUUGAACUUUAGAUCCUCCUGCCUCAACCUCCCAGAAUGAUAAGUAGUCUUGAUCAUUUCACUGUAAGAGUUUCUUUAAAUCUCCUUAAUUUUUAAUUGAUUCAGUUUUACUUAAUCUAAAAUACAUUCUAUUUUUGUAAGUUUAUGAGUUGGUAAUGGAUAGUGAAGAAAAUUGUGGAUUAAGUUGCUUGGAAAUUGUUUUAUUGUUUGUGUCUCAUUUAUCUGUAGAGAACCUCAGACAUAAUGUUUUUCAUGAAAACUGACAACUAUUUCCAGGUGUUAUUUUAAUUUCGUGGUUUAGUAAUGUAAUUUCUUAAUGUUUUUGUUUUAUAAUUGAGCUGUGGAGCAUUAAACUGACCAACCUGAGUUCUUCACAUGUAGGGUAACGCCUCCUGCAGUUGCUUUUGGAUAGAAAUAUGCUCUAGUCCUAGUAGAAGAUGAUAGUUUUGGAGAAUGACCAUGGAGAAGGGGAUGAGUUCUGGGCAAGGGCUGCCUUCCAGAUCACCUCAGGCUUCAGCUGUUAAGCUAACAGCCAAAGAAUUGGAAGCAAAGCAGUCCCAUAAAGAGAAACGAGGGGGCUUUGUGCUGGUACAUGCAGGUGCAGGUUAUCAUUCUGAGUCCAAAGCUAAGGAAUAUAAACAUGUAUGCAAACGAGCUUGUCAGAAGGCAAUUGAGAAGUUACAGGCUGGUGCUCUGGCGACAGAUGCAGUAACUGCGGCUCUCGUGGAACUUGAGGAUUCUCCUUUUACAAAUGCAGGAAUGGGAUCUAACCUAAAUCUCUUAGGGGAAAUUGAGUGUGAUGCCAGCAUAAUGGAUGGAAAAUCCUUAAAUUUUGGAGCAGUUGGAGCACUCAGUGGAAUCAAAAACCCGGUCUCAGUUGCAAACAGACUCUUGUGUGAAGGACAGAAGGGCAAACUCUCAGCCGGCAGAAUUCCUCCCUGUUUUUUAGUUGGAGAAGGAGCCUACAGAUGGGCACUAGAUCAUGGAAUUCCCUCUUGCCCUCCUAACAUCAUGACUACAAGAUUCAGUUUAGCUGCAUUUAAAAGAAACAAGAGGAAACUAGAGCUGGCGGAAAGGGUGGAAACAGAUUUUAUUCAACUGAAGAAAAGAAGACAAUCAAGUGAAAAGGAAAAUGACUCAGGCACUUUGGACACGGUGGGUGCUGUGGUUGUGGACCAUGAAGGGAACGUUGCUGCUGCUGUUUCCAGUGGAGGCCUGGCUUUGAAACAUCCAGGGAGGGUUGGGCAGGCUGCUCUUUAUGGAUGUGGCUGCUGGGCUGAAAAUACUGGAGCUCAUAAUCCCUACUCCACAGCUGUGAGUACCUCAGGAUGUGGAGAACAUCUUGUGCGCACUAUACUGGCUAGAGAAUGUUCACAUGCUUUACAAGCUGAAGAUGCUCACCAAGCUCUGUUGGAGACUAUGCAAAACAAGUUUAUCAGUUCACCUUUCCUUGCCAGUGAAGAUGGUGUGCUUGGUGGAGUGAUUGUUCUUCGAUCGUGCAGGUGUUCUGCAGAGCCCGACUCCUCCCAGAAUAAGCAGACACUUCUAGUGGAAUUUCUGUGGAGCCACACAACGGAGAGCAUGUGUGUUGGAUAUAUGUCAGCCCAGGAUGGGAAAGCCAAGACUCACAUUUCAAGACUCCCUCCUGGUGCGGUGGCAGGACAGUCGGUUGCAAUCGAAGGUGGGGUUUGCCGCUUGGAGAGCCCAGUGAACUGACCCUUCUGGCCGAGCAUGAAGUGUCUGAGAGGCAUUUCAGAACAUGAGCUUUUGGGGGUUUUAAACUUCCUUGUUUUAUAAUUCUUAUUGGAACCUUGUGCACCACUCAGAACACAAGUGCUGCUGUAGUUAGCGCUUAGUGACGCGCAGACCUUUGGUGGGUGAGCAGAAUGCACGCGCUUGGACACGUGCAUGGGUGUGUGUGUAUGAUGUGUGUGUGCGUGCUUGCUUCUCCCUCAAUGAAACAGAAUCUCCUCAUUGUGUAACCAAUGAUUGGGAAUGAUCGUCUUUACAAAAUGUGUGCUUUAACUGUUUACAAGUAAACCCUAAGGUUGCAGGAAACAUUUUUUAUUUCAUAAAGAGUAAGUACCAACUGUCAUUGAUGUGAUGUGUCUGAACUGAAGAGUAAAUCUGCUUGUUUAAAUGAUUUGACAGUGGUUGUGCUCCAUUUAAUAGCAGUAAUAAGUAAUAAGGUGUUUUUAUUUGUGAACCAGUUUAAGUAGAUCCUAUGGUAACUUAAACUGUUGUCUUCAUCCCUCGUAUGGGGCAUUUUUCUUUAACAAAGAAUGGUUUCAGUGAAACAAUCUAGCAGAGAAUUAAGGUCAGAACCUUUUUAAAAAAUAGUCUUAUUGAUAAAGUUUGUACUUCUUUCCUCUGCUUUUCUAAGCUUCAAUAUUGCUUAGUUUUGAGCUGUAUAUACUGUAUUAUGAAAGACUAUGUAAAGAGAACAUACAGUAAUGCACAGUCCUUAAUUGUGUAUAAUGAAAAUUAUUUACAAUGUAACACUGUAAAUAAGAAAGCAAAGUUUAUGGGAAAAUUCAAUAUUAUCUUUGUUUCUUGUUUAAAUAUAUUUUUAAGAUAAAGACAAAAAUAAAAGAAACAUAUUACUA